AUGUCCGUGAAUCAUCUGGACCUGCCGGUGAUGGACGUAGAUCUUGAUGUUGCAGGUCUGAAGGAGGCAUUCAAUUGGCUAUUCAACUUCUCUGCGGCGGGAAUCCCUGCUCCGUCUUCACUUGCUGAGUACUUUUGGGUGGGUCAGGACCAAUUGGAGAGUGAUUAUUGGUCAAUCGAGCCGUACCAAAUAUUCCAGAGUAUCCUAGCAUACCCUUUCUGGCUGUUCAAUCCCAAUAACUUUGGGAAUGUCAAUCUGGACGCGCAGACGAUAUCUCCGAACCUGCCCACAGAUUUCUACACGACAGCGUCCAUUGGAAAUCCGUACCAGAGGAUUGUUGUUGAUCGUGUGAUGUUUAUCCUCUUUUGUGUUCUGCAGGGUGUGGUCCAAGCUUUUGCAUGGGGGGUAUUGGUCUGGCUCUGGCUCACGAGGCUGGAUUUAUCAGAAACUUCUUCGUAUCCAAUGAUCGAUUUUGCAGUCAGGACCCGUUUUUCAGACUUGCUGCAAGACACCGAAGACAUUGAGGGCGCCCAUGGUCUUAAUUGUGGCGUGAAAGUGGAUGCUAGCGACGGGUUGAUUAGGAAGCGACUGAAGGAUACCAGAGUUAUGCUUCUCAAGUGA